UCCAGCCGACCUCCCCGAGGUGAACGCACGGUUGUCCGGCACAGUUAACCGGGGCGAACCGUCCUUGAGUGUAAACGAAUGUGCUGCUUUGCUCCACAUGCUUAUUGGCAGUGAGGGUAGCUAGCUAACUGUGCUAACAAACAUGUCGGGUGUUAAAAUGCCACUGCUCAUAAAUACCGUUACAGCCACCACUCACUGUCACGAUUCAGGAUCAUUGUAAGGACCAUGAUUUCCCACAUGUUUCUGCGCUCCAACCCAGUGUUACGGAAAACCCGUCUGGCUGUGUGGAGAUCGUGGAGGUCAUGGAAGUUAAGCCUACACUCUUCUACAGUUGCUGCAUCAUCUGGUCCUGGUCACAGUGACAGAUCUGAAGAACUGUCUUGUCCUUCCUCUGAAAAGCCCCCUCACACGCCUGUUAUGCUCAAAGAGGUGCUUCAUUACUUAGACAUCCAACCUGGUCAGGUGGUCCUGGACAUGACAUUUGGAGGUGGUGGUCAUACCAAAGCGAUUCUGAACACAGUUCCUGAAGUCACAGUCCUGGCCUUAGACCGAGAUCCUACAGCAAAUUCCCUGGCCCAGCAGUUGGCCACGGAACACUCUGGUCGUGUUAAACCAUUGCUUGGCCGAUUCAGUGAGCUUGAGGUCCUGCUGUCGAAUACGAACAUUCAGCCAGGCAGCAUUGAUGCUGUCCUGUUGGAUGCUGGCUGCUCCUCCAUGCAAAUGGACCAGGCAGAGAGAGGCUUCUCCCUCAGCAAAGAUGGGCCCUUGGAUAUGAGGAUGGAUGGAGAGAGGUACCUCGACAUGCCCUGCGCUGCUGACGUUGUGAAUACCUUAGAUCAACAGGCUCUUGCAUCCAUCCUCACUGCAUAUGGGGAGGAAAAACGCGCCUGGAAAAUAGCUUCAGCCAUGGUGAAGGCACGCCGUGUCAACCCCAUCACCAGGACACAGCAGCUGGCCAGCGUGGUGGCAGGAUCGUUUCCUCCCGCUGUUAUCUAUGCUCGUAAAGACCGACUCCACCGACCUGCACAUGUGGCCACGAAAACCUUCCAAGCUUUGCGAAUCUUUGUGAACGACGAGCUGAACGAACUCCACGCAGGCCUGCGUGCUGCCCAGGCAGUCCUGAGACCUGGAGGACGUUUCUGUAUAAUCACCUUUCACUCACUAGAAGACCGACUGGUCAAACGUUUCCUCCAGGGAGAUGAUUUGUCUAAUCUAGAUCAGUAUCACUUCAGCCCGAGGAAACAAGCUACCAGGACGGCAAAACUGGGGGAUGAAAAAAGAGAUGGUGGAAGUGUUCACUGGCUUCCUCUGAGGAGAAAAGUGAUCACCCCAGAAAAGGAUGAUGUGGAUGAAAAUCCUCGAGGACGCUCGGCUAAACUCAGGGCAGCGCUCAGACGGUGAUUACCUGACGUCUCUCUCGUUUCAGCUAAACGUUUGAGCAGAGUUUCUCUUUACUGUUAAUAAUUAAGGCAAGUUCACCAAAGAGUGUCAUGUAGUAACAUCGUAAUUCUGCACUGCAUUUUGUCUGCUGUUUUUUAUAAUCUUCUCUGUAAUGCAAAAAAAAUUCUGCGCAUUGGUACAAAAAUAAUCAUAUUUUAACAGUUUCUUGUUUAAGCCUUAUACAGAAGGUUGAUUUAAUCCUGGGAGGCACAAGUAGCU